AUGCUUUCGAUUGUUGAUGAUCGUCUUAAAAAGUUCAAUAUUCGUGAUCUAUUUGCUUCUUAUUUAACUGAUAUACAAUCUGAUGAAAGACCAAACACAUCUUCUAUAAAUCUUACUCAAUUAAAAUCUUCUACUGAUGAUCAAUAUUCAAAUUCCUAUUCAAUAUUAACUCUUCAUUCACUUCUAUCAUUUACAUCAUUUUAUUCAUCAUCAGUAACAUUUUUUUUUUGCUCACAUAUAUUUGAUUUACAAACAGCAACACCAUCUAUAUUACAUAUAAUUCAAUUUCGUUAUACAUUAAAUCGACAAUAUUCACAUAAAAAACAAAAAAUGUUAUUUGUUAGUUUAUAUCGUUAUUCAAAUGAAUAA